UCCUCUGCUUCCUCCUCCUCCACAGACCACAGCCUCUAAACCUCUCUCUCCGCUUCGUCUUCUUCUUCUUCUUCUUACAUUCUACGCAGGUUUGUAAUCUGCUGAUUCUCUUCUGCAAAAUCACCUUUCAAUGGCGGCUUCUUCCUCUUCUUCUUCUUCUCCCUCGUCUCUCCUCUUACCGAACAUCAAUUUCCAUUCCACAACCACUCGUUCCGUUUCAAUCCCUGGAAUCUUCCUGCCUAGAAACCGCUUGAGAUACAGUCACAAUCUCCCGCUUCGAAUCAGAGCUUCCAGAGACGAUAAUGUCGCAGUGGAAGAUCGUGGAAACGCAGUGAUCAACGGAAACGGAAGCGUACGUCUAAACGGCAACGGAGCUACGAGAAAAUCCAUCAACAACGGAGACUUAAACGGAAACGGCCGUUUAAACGGUAACGGUAGUUUGGUGAAGUACGUGAACGGAAGCGUAACGGAGGAAGUGUCGAAGAAGAGAGAAGAAGAAAAGAGGCAGAAGAGAGUAGAAGACAUCGGUCAAGAGGAUGCUUGGUUUAAGAAAACUCAACAGAAACAACAAGUCGAGGUUUCUGUUGCACCUGGUGGUCGAUGGAGUAGGUUCAAGACUUACUCAACGAUCCAAAGAACAUUGGAGAUUUGGGGGUUUGUCCUAACGUUUAUCUUCAGGACAUGGUUAAGCGGUCAAAAGUUUUCUUACAAAGGGGGAAUGACUGAGGAGAAGAAGGUUUUGAGAAGGAAGGUUUUGGCUAAGUGGUUGAAGGAAAACAUAUUGAGAUUAGGUCCUACUUUUAUUAAAAUUGGUCAGCAGUUCUCUACCAGAGUCGACAUUCUUCCUCAAGAAUAUGUUGAUCAAUUGUCUGAACUUCAGGAUCAAGUUCCUCCUUUCUCUUCUGCUACGGCUUUAUCAAUUGUUGAAGAGGAGCUUGGAGCAUCUGUUGAUGACAUUUUCGACCGUUUUGAUUAUGAACCUAUAGCUGCUGCUAGUCUUGGCCAAGUUCACCGUGCAAGAUUGAAGGGUCAAGAGGUUGUCAUUAAAGUACAGAGACCCGGUCUCAAGGAUCUUUUUGAUAUCGAUCUUAAAAAUUUGAGGGUGAUUGCUGAGUAUCUCCAAAAGGUGGAUCCAAAAUCAGAUGGUGCAAAGAGAGAUUGGGUUGCAAUUUAUGAUGAAUGUGCCAGUGUAUUGUACCAGGAAAUUGAUUACACAAAGGAAGCAGCUAAUUCGGAACUUUUUGCUAAUAACUUCAAAAACUUAGAAUAUGUAAAGGUUCCAUCCAUCUACUGGGAGUACACCACGCCUCAGGUCCUGACAAUGGAGUAUGUCCCUGGAAUUAAAAUUAACAAAAUACAAGCCUUAGAUCAGUUAGGUGUUGAUCGAAAAAGGCUAGGGAGAUAUGCUGUUGAAUCUUACCUUGAGCAGAUCUUGUCUCAUGGAUUCUUUCAUGCCGACCCUCACCCUGGGAACAUUGCUGUUGAUGAUGUCAACGGCGGGCGGCUGAUAUUUUACGACUUUGGAAUGAUGGGAAGUAUCAGCCCAAAUAUUAGAGAAGGUUUACUGGAGGCCUUCUAUGGUGUUUAUGAGAAGGACCCCGAUAAGGUCAUUCAAGCAAUGGUUCAAAUGGGUGUGCUUGUACCUACUGGUGAUUUGACAUCGAUCAGAAGAACAGCACUGUUUUUUCUCAACAGUUUCGAAGAGCGGCUUGCUGCACAAAGAAAGGAGAAAGAAGAACUAGCAGCAGCAGAAGAGCUUGGGUUCAAGAAGCCACUAACCAAAGAGGAGAAGCAAGAGAAAAAGAAGCAACGGUUGGCUGCAAUCGGAGAAGACUUAUUAGCCAUUUCAGCUGACCAACCUUUCCGGUUCCCUGCCACAUUCACAUUUGUUGUUAGAGCCUUUUCAGUAUUGGAUGGCAUCGGCAAAGGUCUUGACCCUCGCUUUGAUAUAACGGAGAUUGCAAAACCAUAUGCUUUGGAAUUGCUACGGUUCCGGGAAGCUGGAGUAGAAGUUGUAGUGAAGGACCUGAGAAAGAGAUGGGACAGACAAUCACAAGCAUUCUACAAUGUAUUUAGACAAGCUGAUAGAGUUGAAAAGCUAGCUGUAAUCAUCCAACGACUUGAGCAAGGUGAUUUGAAGCUUAGAGUCCGAGCAUUGGAGUCUGAGAGGGCGUUUCAACGUGUAGCAGCUGUUCAAAAAACAGUAGGAAGUGCUGUUGCUGCAGGAAGCUUAGUCAAUCUCGCAACGAUUUUGUAUCUGAAUUCUUUAAAAACACCAGCUACUAUAGCAUACACAGUAUGUGCUUUCUUCAGCCUCCAGGUUCUGAUUGGAGUUAUAAAAGUCAAGAAGUUCGACCAACGUGAAAAACUGAUCACUGGGACAGCUUAAAAGAAAUCUUGUUUGAUGUAUUAAAAAAACUUCUUCUUCAGUCUCCAUAAAAUCUUUUGUGCUAAGAAGCCACAAAGAUUUCUCCCAUAAAGCUUUCCGUAGGAGUGAUGAUGAUCUCUUGUUCUGCCAUAGAAAAAAUCUUAUGGAAGCUUUAGAGGCUAGAUAUGUUAAAACCAGUGAACGACCAGACUCAUCUCUCUCUUUUUAUUUCUUUCUGAAAGUUUUUGAUUAUUGGGCAUUUUAUCAACAGAGCCACUUGUAAUGGUGUGUAGAGAUGUAGACAUUAGGUCAACUUUUUCGUCAAAAUAUAUGUAUAUAUACUACUCGUUACAUGCCUC